AUGCAUGUAAGUUUCCAGCGUAAUGUUUCACCUCCACCAGUGAUCACUAUCGGGAAUCAAGUUUUGGAGGCUGUUACGUCUCUCCGCUUACUUGGCGUUGUUAUACAAUCAAACCUGAAGUGGGAUCAGCAAGUGGAACAGCUCAUCAAACGUGCUUCGAAACGUCUGUAUAUCUUGUGCAAGCUGAAAAGGAAUGGAGUUCCAGCAAUUGAUCUUGUUUUCAUAUACACAAUGUAUAUCAGGCCAUUGAUGGAAUAUUGUGCACCAGUUUGGAGCAGUAGUUUGACAACUCAGCAAUCAGACAGUAUAGAGCGGGUACAACGUAGGGCUCUCAGGAUGAUAUCGUACCCUGACCAACAUCAUUAUGAUGAACUCCUGAGCAGAUUUAACAUUCCUUCCCUUGCCGAGAGAAGAAAAGACCUGCUGACCAACUUUGCCAAGUCAAUCCUUGUCUCAUCGCGACAUCGUCAUUUGCUACCUGCUGAACGGCAGCAUGUCUCGCGAGGUAGACUGAGGAAUUCUCAUCACUUGGACCUUCCUUAUACUAGAACUGAACGAUAUAGGAAAUCAAGUGUACCCUCACUUGUCAAACUGAUCAAUGCUUAG